AUGAAGAGACUUAUCUUUACAGCAACCAUACUGCUAUGGCAGAUGGUGAUGGGCCUGACACCUGCCGAAUGGCGUAGUCAAUCGAUCUAUUUCCUGUUAACGGAUCGCUUCGGACGCAGUGACAAUUCGGUCACUGCUAACUGUAACGUGAAUGACAGAAUUUACUGUGGUGGCACUUGGCAGGGAAUCAUCAACCAGUUGGAUUACAUUCAAGGAAUGGGCUUUACUGCCAUUUGGAUUACUCCAGUGACAAAACAGCUCUCACAAAACACUCGCGAUGGGUCGUCCUACCAUGGGUACUGGCAGCAAGAUAUAUACAAUGUCAAUGAAAACCAUGGCACAUCAGAUGACCUCUUGGCGCUCUCAAAGGCACUUCACGCUCGAGGCAUGUAUCUCAUGGUUGAUGUUGUGGCAAACCAUAUGGGCUACGCUGGGGCUGGCAAUAAUGUGGAUUACAGUGUUUUCACUCCCUUCAACUCUGCAUCCUACUUCCACCCUUACUGUAUGAUCAGUAACUACAAUGACCAGUCCAAUGUCGAGAACUGCUGGCUUGGUGACACCAUUGUGUCGUUGCCAGAUCUCGAUACAACCAAGAGCUCAGUACAGACACUCUGGAACAAUUGGAUCUCUGAUCUAGUGUCCAAGUACUCCAUUGAUGGAUUGCGCGUCGAUACCGUGAAGCAUGUCCAGAAGUCUUUCUGGCCUAGUUUCAAUAAAGCAGCAGGCGUUUAUAGUGUCGGGGAGAUCUUUGAUGGAAAUCCAGCGUACACCUGCGACUAUCAGAAAUACAUGGACGGUGUCUUGAACUAUCCCAUGUAUUACCCACUGCUACGUGCCUUCCAAUCCUCCAGUGGCAGCAUUAGUGAUUUGUAUAACAUGAUCGGCACUGUGGCAUCUACCUGUGCUGAUUCAACCCUACUGGGCAAUUUCAUUGAGAAUCACGACAACCCACGUUUCCCAAGCUACACAAGCGACUACUCACAAGCCAAGAAUGUCCUCUCAUUCCUCUUUUUAUCAGAUGGAAUUCCCAUUGUGUAUUCCGGCCAAGAACAACACUAUGGUGGAGGAAAUGACCCAGCCAACCGCGAGGCCAUCUGGCUGUCGAAAUACUCUACCACAGCAGAGUUAUACAAAUAUAUCGCGACUACAAAUAAGAUUCGCAAAGCGGCCAUCGCAGCAGAUUCCAGCUAUAUCACGAGCAAGAAUGUCCCCUUCUAUCAAGACAGCAAUACCCUAGCCAUGAAGAAGGGAUCGGGCAGUUCGCCGGUCAUAACAGUCCUUUCCAACGCCGGGUCAUCCGGAUCUUCCUACACAUUGUAUUUGGGCGGAAGCGGGUAUUCAUCUGGCACCAAGCUUAUGGAGCUGUACACCUGCACAUCUAUAACAGUGGAUUCCAGCAAUAAAAUCGCCGUGCCAAUGGCAUCUGGAUUACCACGGGUGUUUAUUCUCGCAUCAUCUCUGGGCAACAGCGGACUUUGCGGCUCAACCGUUCCAACUACCACAGCCACCACAGCGACUCAGACCACUACGACAACCACUACGGGCACAGGCUGCACCCAAGCCACCGCCCUGCCUGUCUUAUUCAAGGAGCUUGUGACUACUACUUUUGGUCAGGAUAUCUACAUCUCAGGGUCAAUCAGCCAGCUUGGCUCGUGGGACACGAGUAAAGCCAUCGCACUGUCUUCAGGUAGCUACACUUCUUCCAAUCCCUUGUGGCAAACGACUAUCACACUCCCCGUCGGAACAACCUUCCAGUACAAAUUCCUGAAGAAGACGAACGGGGCUGUGACAUGGGAAAGUGAUCCUAAUCGAUCUUAUACGGUGCCAACUGGGUGUUCUGGAAGCACCGCCACUGUGACGGCAAGCUGGAAAUGA